AUGUCUCAGAAAGUCCGCGUCGGAGCCGUUCAGGCUGAGCCUGUGUGGCUUGACCUCGACGGUAGUGUGGACAAGACCAUCUCUCUCAUUGAGCAGGCCUCAGCCGAUGGCGUCAAUGUGCUUGGCUUUCCAGAAGUAUGGAUUCCAGGUUACCCAUGGAGUAUGUGGACAAGCGCUGUGAUCAACAACUCUCACAUCAUCCACGACUACAUGGCAAAUUCGAUGCCCAAGAAUUCGCCACAGAUGAAACGCAUCCAGGAGGCUGUCAAAAAAGCCGGUAUGAUGGUCGUGCUAGGCUACAGCGAGCGAGAUGGUGCGAGCUUGUACAUGGCACAGUCAUUCAUCUCUCCGGAGGGAGAAAUCGUACACCACCGCCGAAAGAUCAAGCCCACGCAUAUUGAGAGGACAAUCUGGGGAGAUGGCCAAGCCGAGUCACUCAAAUGCGUGGUCGACUCGCCAUUCGGUAAGGUCGGCGGGCUGAACUGCUGGGAGCACCUGCAGCCGCUCCUGAGGUACUACGAGUACUCGCAAGGCGUGCAGAUACACGUCGCUAGUUGGCCGGCCGAGUUCGCCAUGCCAGACCCGAAGAAGAUUGCGUGGCUGUACCACGAGACAGGAGAGGCAAGCUAUCGUGCUAGCCAGUUCUUCGCUAUUGAGGGUCAAUCGUUCGUCCUAGUUGCCUCGCAGAUCUUGACGGAGGAAAACGUGGAGAAAAACAACCUGACGGGCAACCCUGGCGGCGGCUUCUCUAUGAUCUUUGGCCCUGAUGGCAAGCCGUUGUGUGAGCCCGUGGACGCAGGAUGGGAGGGUGUUCUCAAGGCUGACAUCGACCUGCGGGAUAUUGACAAACCUAAGGCAUUCAUCGACGUUGUCGGGCAUUAUGCGCGACCUGACCUCCUGAGUCUGUUGGUGAAUCCUACUGCCGACAAACAUGUAACUCUCAUGGACAAAUAG